AAGAUUAAACUGUGGAUCACAUGGGCCUAGUUUAUCGAGAAAGUUUUGACAGUUUACAACAUCAGCUUACAUUAGCUAACUAGCAGUUUAUUUCAAGCCGAAUGUGAACAAACGGUUCACUCCACAACAACAUUUUUGCGUUAGGGAGAAUUUAUAUACGGCUGUUUCCGGUUAAGCAAACAAACUCCUAAAAAUCGAACAUCAUGGAUUUUAUUCAGAAACUGCUGUCGGGGUUCACUCUGGACCUAGGGCCGUUGAAAGAACCUCUGGGAUUUAUUCGGGUUCUAGAAUGGGUGUUCACCAUCUUUGCCUUUGCCACCACAGGGGGUUAUUCAGGGACAACCCACAUCAAUGUGGAUUGCCAAGGUACCGUCGUAAACGCCAGCUUUAGUUAUCCGUUCAGGUUGCCUAGCUACGGCCCAUACCAAGUGCCCAACUGCAACGGCACGUUGAUCCCAUUUUACCUCCAAGGUGACUACUCCUCCUCGGCUGAGUUCUUCGUCUGUGUCGGCGUCUUCGGCUUCCUGUACUGCACCAUCACCCUGGUGCUCUACCUGGGAUACCAGCAUGUGUAUCGCGAGGGCCGUGGACCCACAAUAGACCUGUUGGUGACCGCUGCCUUUGCUUUCCUGUGGCUGGUGUCUUCCUCUGCCUGGGGGAAGAGCCUGACCGAUGUGAAGUGGGCUACAAAUCCAGAUCACCUGGUUGAUGAAUGCAAACCCAAUUGCACACCUGGAGAGUUCCCCUCCAUGGGCAAGCUCAAUGCCUCGGUGAUUUUUGGGUUUCUGAACCUCAUCCUGUGGGCAGGUAACUGCUGGUUCAUCUUUAAGGAGACCCCGUUCCACCGGGACCCCAACCCACCACCCACCAUCGAAGAGGGCGGAGUCCCCAGGUCUUAACUGGUUC